GAUCGAAGCUCCCAACAGACCAGACGACGACACGACACGCUCGAUGGUGCGAGCUUCCCUAUAGAGAUCCCGCUAUUCCGAAACCUUUGAUCUCUACUCUUAAUUUUUUUCCCCUUGGCUUGUUCUAGCGCAUGUUAUAUCGCGUCGUUAAUUCGUAUCCUCUUUUCUGUCAUCCUUUGUCUGUUCCUGUGAUACCCUCCGUUGCCUGUUCGAACCCCAGCCGGCAAUCGCGUGACUCCGCCGACCGACUCGCGGAGUCUUUGGGCGUCCGCCUCAGUUUCUCGCUCCUUGGCCAGGCACCCACGCUUGCGGCCACAUUCCCUCGACCGCCUAUAAUUCGCACUUUGCUAUUUAUCGAAACCCCACAGCCUGCUGCUUCUUCGUCUUGAAAGCAGCGCUUACGACAUCUGACGCCGCCUCGCCGUCCACCACCGAUCGCAAGCCACUUCUCCAUACGAUUCACGAUGCCGCCCCCGGUCGAGAUCUCGAUUCCUUCAACGUCUACCCUGUACCAAGACUCGAAGCCAUAUACGAGCUAUAACAUCACACUCCGCCUCCCUCUGCGGUCCUUCGUUGUACAAAAACGGUACUCGGAGUUUGAGCAACUACACAGGACACUCGUCUCCCUCGUCGGCUCGCCCCCACCCGCCACCCUCCCCACAAAAUCGUGGUUCCGCUCUACGGUAUCGUCGCCAGAGCUGACGGAGCGACGGAGGGCGGAGCUGGAGCAAUACUUGCAGGCCAUCGCGGGCUCGCCGGAUCGGCAGUGGCGCGACACCCCCGCUUGGCGCCAGUUCCUCAACCUACCGGCGUCCACAGCUGGCUCGGCAGCGUCGGCCUCGGGCAUCCAUGCGGCGUCAGGCAGGGGACUGCAACACGCCGUCAGCAGCUCGCAGCCGGACCCUGCCGAGUGGAUCGAGAAGCACAGGCGCAUGAACGAUGCGCUGCGCGACGCAAGAUCGUGCCUCGCGCGCAGGGAUGCGGCGGCCGCCGAUGGCUCGUCGGGCGGCGGCGGGAACCGUGCAGUCGUGGAGGCGGCGGCGGCAGCCAGGAUGGCGCUCACACAAGCCAUAAAAAUCCUCGCGGCGCUGGAGGAGGAGCUCGGCUAUCUCAAAAAGGCCGGACGCCUGGGCGCGGGCGAGCUCCGACGCCGCGACGACAUGCUCAAGGAGGCGCGCGACGACCACAGGUGGUUGGUGGAGCUGUCGUCGAGUGUGUCGGGCCCCGGCGCGUCAUCCUCGGCCGCCGCCACCGCUGGCGGCCCCCCGGCAGCUACAGACCGAGCGGCAUUGGUCGGAGCUGGCGGAUCCAGAGCGGGGGCGGGGCGACCGAGCGGUCGAGUGCUGGGGGCUCCGCUCCAGGAGACCGAACGGACGCGGGAGCUCGACAACGCAGGGGUUGUGCAGCUGCAAAGGCAGCAGGUGGAGGAGCAGAACGAGGACAUGGAAGUGUUGUCGCGUAUCGUCAAGCGUCAAAAAGAGAUGAGCCUUGCCAUCUGGGACGAGGUCGAGACGCAGACACAGAUGCUGGACCAUCUCGGCGACGAUGUCGACAGGCUGGACGGCAAAAUCAAGGUCGCCAAGAACAGGACGAAGAAACUCGGUUCAUGACUACUUGGCGGGUGGCGUCUCUACUAUACAACGGAUGGGCCGGAGAAGGAGGCACCAGAGGGAUACACAACCUCAAGACUGGACUAUUCCCCAAGCCUGUUGCUUCACAGGACCGCCGGCAUAUUGGUGCGCGCCAUCAUCCUCGUCGCAGAAAUCGCUGUGGUCCUGACAUGGGUCUCCAGGAUGUCGCGGCGGGGCCUGAUGUGGUGUGUCGAUAUCUGGCUCCUGAUUUUACCAUCUCACGGCACAUGACUGAACCCGACGUAGUCUUGUGCGGCUGCCACAAAUGACCGACGGCUGUACCACACACACACACACACACACACACACAGCAUCAUAUAUUUACAGCGUUGUACCCUUGCAUUUUCAUGUUUCUACUCAAGUUGUAACAUUCCCACAUUCCUUAGCGAUUGGAAAGAAAGACGAUCUCACUCGGAUUUAUAUACUAGCCGGCUUGAGCGUUUAUAAUGUGAAGAAGGACAUGCCCUCACUGAGGGACAUGUAUUUUGUCAACCUGGUGUUGUCAGGGCCCAAUUCUCAGGCUACUGGACUCAAGAAGC